CAACACGGCCAACAGCGACAGCAGCAACAGCAACGGCAUUCGCAACCAGUUCGUGUUCGAACGUUAUAAGGUGCACAUCUAAAGGAGAGCGUGUGCUUGAACGCGGGUUUUGCCGUCGAUAUUUCGUCGUUUUAUCGUUUGUUGCGAGUGUUGCCGCCGCGUUUUUCCGCCGAGUGUUGGCCAAGAAUAAAUCUCAAAUACCAAACAAGUGACAGCUACUAUUGUAAUACCAAAACCAAGUGAUAUACUUUCUAAUGUCGUUGUUGUCUUUAAUGCCGUUUACUGUGAACAGACCCAAUCGAAACUGAGCUCUUAACUUGAUAAACACAUCAUUUGAUGUAGGAGCUAUACUAUAUAUCCUCCAGAAGACUGCCCAAGUGAGACAGAGAGCGAGAGAGAGAGAGAGUAAUCCUAAGACUAAGUCUUAAAGCUUCUUAUAGUCAUAGAGCGAAAUGGCUGCCUACACACAAUUUGGAUACGGAGGCUUUCCGUCGGCCUCGCAGCUCCUGCCGCCAAGUGCCCAGCCGUCGGAGGACGCUUCCGCGAACGUGAAUGUGAACGAGGCGCUGGUGAUGACAAACGCCCCGGCGAUGAGCCCCACGGGAGGUCAGGAUUGUCAGGGUAGUCAGCCGCCCGUUGGAGCUGGCGGAGAUGUCUCCUCGGGGGCGCUCAGUCCAAAUGCUCUUUCGCAGAACUCGAAUGCGGCGACUGUGGUUGGUGGAUCCUCCGCGGGUGGAGGAGCUGGAGGUGGUGGAGCGGACCUGGCCACUGGUGGCUCCCUGGACGGCAACGGUGUGGGCACGACGCCCACGGCCGGUGGUGCUAGUGGUGGUGGUGGUGGCUCCUGCUGCGAGAAUGGUCGGCCUAUAAUGACCGACCCGGUGUCGGGUCAGACGGUUUGCUCCUGCCAGUACGACUCCGCCCGCCUUGCCCUCUCCAGCUACUCUCGCCUGCCGGCGGCCAGCGUUGGCGUAUACGGAACGCCUUACCCGUCGACGGACCAGAAUCCUUACCAGAGCAUCGGAGUGGACAGCUCCGCCUUCUAUUCGCCGCUGAGCAAUCCGUAUGGACUCAAGGACACGGGAGCGGGUCCGGAGAUGGGUGCUUGGACUUCGGCUGGCUUACAGCCCACCACUGGCUAUUAUUCCUACGAUCCCAUGUCGGCCUAUGGCUAUGGAGCCAGCUACGACCUGGCUGCUCGUCGUAAGAACGCCACGCGGGAAUCCACGGCCACUUUGAAGGCCUGGCUAAAUGAGCACAAGAAGAAUCCGUAUCCGACCAAAGGCGAGAAGAUCAUGCUGGCCAUCAUCACCAAGAUGACCCUCACCCAGGUCUCUACAUGGUUUGCCAAUGCCCGACGUCGAUUGAAGAAGGAGAACAAAAUGACCUGGGAGCCGAAGAAUCGCACGGAUGACGAUGAUGAUGCCAUGGUGUCGGAUGAUGAGAAGGACAAGGAGGACUUGGAGCCGAGCAAGGGAAGCCAGAGUGGCAGCUUGGCCAAAGAUGAGACCAAAGAGGAGGAGGAUGCCAUUGACGAGGACCAGAAGUGCUUGGGUCAAGCGAACAUACUGCGAGCUGGCUUUGGUUAUCCCUCAGCUGGUAGUGGUGGUUAUCCUGGAGGAGGUGGCUCCUCUAGCGGUCACCCCGGUGGCUAUCACCCGUAUCAUCAUCAACAUCCCGCUUACUAUCAGGCUGGCCAACAGGGUAUGUUGCCCUUUCAUGGGGAAGGUUCCAAACUACAGGGUGAUCUUGGGGAUCCAAAAAACCAAUUAGGCCGGGACUGUGGCGUGCCGAUUCCAGCUACCAAGCCGAAGAUCUGGAGUCUGGCCGACACAGUUGGCUGCAAGACACCGCCGCCGGCUUACAUGGGUCAUCAAUCGAUGCCGCUGCAGCAGCAGCAGCAGCAGCAACAGCAGCAGCAGGCGCAGCAGCAGCAGCAAUAUCCACCGCAGGAUGCAGGACGAGAUCACCAGCUGUUCAAUGGGGCCGCAGCUCCUUACCUGAGGCCGCACACCACGGCCUACGGGGGUUUUCUAGGGGCUACGACCCAGCAGCUGCAUACUACGAACAGCAAUAUCCCCUACAGCAAUAUGCCCCCGCAGCAGCAGUUGCCGGUGGGCGGUACCAUCCAUACUACGGGAAGUUCGAACGGACCACUGCAGUUCCACAAUCGGCAGCAUCCGCAGCAGCAGCAGCAGCAGCAGCAGCUGCUGCAAUCUCAGUCCACAGCGAGUCAGCGGGCGAUGGGGUUUCUCGAAGCCCAACCAGAUACUCCACCCCAAACUCCGCCGAAUAUGAAGGUGCUGAGCGGAGCUUUGAGUCUCCUGCCUACCGCUUCUCAAGUCCCUAUGACCGCUACCUGUCGCAGCAGUAACGCCUUCGGCUUCUCCACCUCCACCUAUCCCAUGAACUUCUCGGCCAGAAUUGGGGAGUACUCCCCGCGCGAUGACUACAGCAGCGGGAAUAGCAGCAGUAGCAGCUCCUCCUCGCCGCAGCUUCAGAGGAAUGAGUUUAAGCCGCUCUUCAAAAAGUUCACCAACUAAUCGGACUGCAUAUAUAUAUAUAUACUAUAUGGGGAUCGUGCAAGAAUCAGACGGAUUGUGUAAUAUUAAAUGUAGCCGUUUAGAGCGCGUUAAGUAACUUCAAGUUUCAUUCAAGUUAUGCAUCGUAUCUAGAGUAAAGGAUCAAAUGUUUAUCUUCAAACUGCAAUGUAAGCUUAGGCUAAAUACUAAACUAGCGCAAUAAGAUUGUAAACUGUGAUACGUUUUUCAUUGUCUAACAGACUUCAACACACUAAACACUUCGUCUAUAUGAACACAUAAUCUAAAUAAUUUUAAAUCGUUUAAUAAAAUUCUUUAUAAUCAUGAAAAUUUCAAGGUGUUAUUAAUAUGUUUCUUUUGUUUGGAUCAUUAAAGUAAGUAUUAUUUUGUCUUUGGAAUAAACAGAAAGAUAAUAUUUAGAGAUGUUAUAUUAUUUAACAAUAUUACUCACUUCAUUUUUGCUCUGCUUGGGGGCGUCUUCACUUCAGCAGAUCAUCUCGAAAACUCUUCUCGUUACUUGAGUCCUCGUUGCUUCUCUCGUCCUUUUCUACUUCUUUCGCUGAACUUCUCGUUUUCGUCUUAAUCUUCUCCGUGUUUUCUACUUCAUUCGGCACAU